AUGGCCUGGGACGGAGGCUUUGAGCCAAAUGGCACAGAAGGAAAGAACUUCUACAUUCCCAUGUCCAACAGGACAGGGAUUGUCAGAAGUCCUUUUGAAUCUCCUCAAUACUACAUGGUCGAUCCCUGGAUCUACAAGCUGCUGGCAUGCUACAUGUUUUUCCUCAUCUGCACUGGCACUCCUAUCAACGGUCUGACUCUGCUGGUCACCUUCCAGAACAAGAAGCUGCGACAGCCCCUGAACUUCAUCCUGGUCAAUCUGGCUGUAGCUGGUCUUAUCAUGUGCGCUUUUGGCUUCACCAUCACCAUCACCUCUGCCAUGAACGGCUAUUUCAUCCUGGGGCCCACUUUCUGUGCGAUCGAGGGCUUCAUGGCCACACUAGGAGGUGAAGUAGCUCUCUGGUCUCUGGUCGUGCUGGCUGUUGAGAGGUACAUCGUUGUGUGCAAACCCAUGGGAAGCUUCAAAUUCACUGGAGCCCACGCUGGUGCUGGAGUGGCCCUCACCUGGAUCAUGGCUUUGGCUUGCGCUGCUCCUCCACUCUUUGGAUGGUCCAGAUACCUCCCAGAGGGAAUGCAGUGCUCAUGCGGACCUGACUACUACACUUUGGCUCCUGGAUUCAACAAUGAGUCUUAUGUCAUCUACAUGUUUGUGGUGCACUUCUUCAUCCCUGUCUUCCUGAUCUUCUUUACCUAUGGCAGCCUUGUGCUCACUGUCAAAGCCGCAGCAGCACAGCAGCAGGACUCAGCUUCCACCCAGAAAGCAGAGAAAGAGGUGACCCGCAUGUGCCUCCUGAUGGUGAUGGGCUUCCUGGUUGCCUGGGUUCCAUAUGCCUCUUUCGCAGGCUGGAUCUUCUUAAACAAGGGAGCUGCUUUCACUGCGAUGACUGCUGCUCUCCCUGCUUUUUUUGCCAAGAGCUCAGCCCUGUACAACCCUGUUAUUUAUGUGCUCAUGAACAAACAGUUCCGUAACUGCAUGCUCAGUGCAGUUGGCAUGGGAGGCAUGGUUGAUGAUGAAACUUCAGUGUCUACCAGCAAAACAGAAGUGUCUUCUGUAUCUUAA